CAGACGCAAACCCGCAAUAACCACCAUAGCAACCCCACCCGUCUCCUGGGCGCCUAUCUUUCACGCGAACUCUGGCGCGGGGGCAAAGCGGAAUGCUGAUCAAUCUGAACCUUGAACCACCACCACCAUGAAGCGCUUCUUCCCUGUGGUUUCACGAGAUGGGCCCAGUAAACGUCAAAAGGAUGAAGAGCCUGUGUGUAAAGGUGAAACAGACUUGUUAGGGCCUUCUGCAACUGGGGCUGUUGCUGAAGAAAGCGAAAAGACCUCGGACAAAGUCGGAAUUGGUGGAGCAUCGAACGCCAAUGACAGGCCCUCCACUGGUGGUUCCCUCCUGGACGAAAAGAAGGAUAGCAAAGACGAGCAGAACCUUGCAUCAAUCUUCCGGAGGGCCAAGAGUUUUGGGGCGGGUACGGCGGAGGCUCCCAGCACUUCUGGAUAUGAGCGGACAGGAAAGAGCCCGACGUCGUUCAUGUCCUGGAACACGAAUAGCUUCAUCAUACGCAUGAAGGCAAACAAGCAGGAGGUGGUGCGCUUUGUGGAGCAGCAUGAUCCUGAUGUGAUUGCAAUACAGGAGGUACGGCUUCCUGCGGCAGGAGAGAAGAAGGGCCCCAAGAACCGGGGGGACAUGUCAGAUGUCACCAACUCAGCCAGGGAUGAGAAGCAGUUCAUGACACGGGCGCUUGCAGCGGCCCCGUUUUCGAACUACCGCGUCUUCUGGUCGCUGGCGGAUGGCAAGUAUAGUGGGACAGCGUUGCUUGUGAAAAAAGAGAUGGAGAUUGUGGGGGUUGCCUACUGCUUCGACGACAUUCUCACGAGGAUGGUUGCGGGGGAAGGGGAGCCGGCAAGCGGGCGGAAGGGGCCAAAGCAUGAAGAAGAGGGGCGUCUCAUCAUGGUGGAAUUUCCAGAGUUUCGGCUGCUCAACACAUACGGCAUGAACAAUGGGUGGAAGGAGGAGACGUUCCAGAGGCGGAGGGAUUGGGACCGCCGCCUGCUGGAAUUGGUGCAAGCGCUCGUAGGGGGCAAACCCCUUAUCUGGUGCGGGGACACGAACGUCAGCCAUACCGAUCUCGACGUAAGCCACCCCGAGUUCUUCCGGUGGCAAAAGGAGAAGGGCUACACGCCUCCACGAGACGUUGACGUUGGGCAGCCUGGCUUCACGCAAGCGGAGAAGGACCGAUUCUCGGAAAUUCUAGAAAAGGGGAGGUUAGUAGAUAGCUAUAGGCACCUGCACCCGAAGAAAGACUACGAGACGGGAUUCACGUGGUCGGGGCAUCCGGUCGGGAAAUACCGAGGGAAGCGAAUGCGGAUCGACUACUUUCUGCUGUCGGAAAGUCUAGUUGACCGCCUCGAAUCCAGCGAGAUACACGGGACGGGGAUCGAACGAGAAGGUUUCAUGGGCAGCGACCAUUGCCCAAUCACCUUGCGCCUCCGGGAGAAGCUCGUACACAAUGCCUAGCUGUGAUACUGUACCGCUGAAAGUGUCCAUAUCUUGUCCCAAACUGUACAGCCUGUGUUUGAGAGGACGCGCAUGCUGUGACGUCCUAGAACCCUUCUCCCACCUCGCA